UGAGAGCGCAAGAGGGAGGAGUCAGCAGAAGCGUGUGUCGGUUUAUCAUUUUGUUGCCUAGGAGGAAAGUGCGCAGUACUUUCUUUAGUACAGCUUCAAAACUACACAGAAACCAAACCAAGAGAAGUACUUCAUUCCAUAAUUUUCUCCAUGGCAGAGCAAGGGUUUGAGCGUGUGGUGGGGAUCAUAGGGGCAGGGGCUGCGGGCCUGUGUGCAGCCCGCCACGUGGAAAGUGUUCAGGGAUGGAGACCCGUGGUGUGGGAACAGUCAUUGGACCUUGGCGGCACCUGGAGGCUGUCCCAGGACGUUGGCAGCGAUCAAAGAGGUUUUCCAGUCCAUUCAAGUCUUUAUACAAAUUUGAGAACAGACUUGCCUGCAGUGCUUAUGGCAUUCCCAGAUUUCAAGUUUCCAGAAGGUGAAUCUUUCAUGCAUCACACCACCGUUCUCAAGUAUCUGGAGGACUAUGCUUGCCACUUCAGUCUCCUAACCUCCAUCAAGUUUGGACAUCGUGUGGAGGAAGUGUCACCAGCAGCGGCCCAUGAUGGACAGAUGAGCUGGAGGGUCACAGUCAGGGACCUCUCUACAGACCUUACUCACGUCACCACAUGCUGGGCUCUGUUCAUUUGUAAUGGUCAUUUUUCAGAGCCAAAUUUCCCUGAGAUCGAAGGAAUCGAGAAAUACCGUGGGCAGAGACUACACAGCCACGAUUACAGAGAGCCCUCCGCCUUUCUGGACAGGCGGGUGAUGGUUCUUGGGGCUGGCGCCUCAGGCCUAGACAUCGGCCUUGAAAUAGCUAAAGUAGCAGACAAGGUUUUCCUCUCGCACAAGUUUCCCAUCGUGAUCCCGUCUGAGUUCCCCAACACUCUGCGUCAGGUACGGGCUGUUGUAACGGCUAAUGAGACAGGUUUUGUGUUAACUGAUGGAACGCACGUUGAGGCAGAUGUUAUUUUGUACUGUACAGGAUAUAAAUACAAAUUUCCCUUCCUGACUGGUGAAUGCGGCAUUGAGGUGAAGGAUAACCUCGUGCACAACUUGCAUAAGCACAUCAUCAAUAUCAGAUAUCCCACAAUGGGCUUCAUUGGCCUCCCAUCACGAGUCAUCGUCUUCCCUCUCGUCAAUUACCAGGUGCAGUAUUUCCUUGCUACUCUGAGAGGUGAGGUCACGCUACCGUCACUUGAAGAAAUGACAGCCAUCGCCCACAAAACUAACCAUGAACGAAGGGAACAGGGAUUAUCAGAUAAACACUACCACACUCUUUCCUCGGACCAGUUUGAGUACCUCGAGGACUUGGCGAGGGAAGCUGGACUGAAGCAACCGCCGCUCUUCAUGCCUCAGUUACUGAGGAUAGUGUUGCUUCGGUUGUUUUUUUCAUUCCCUGUCUUUAAGAGCUACAGCUACGACAUCUCUGGGGAUGGCGUUAUAAUAGAAACUUUGAGAGGACGACGUAUAGCGACACACUGGGAUCUAUUUAAGCUAAUCUUGACACAGUUUGUCCGAUGUCUUUGGAGAGACUUUCCACGUGUGGUCGGUUUCUUUGUUUCCCAUCUCAUGAGUAAAUUCACUGGAUUUUUUAGGGUAUCGAAGUAGAUAGACUCAUUGAUUAAAUCAACAACAUAAUAAUAUAUGUAUAAACUAAUAAAAAUGUAAAAACAAACAAACAUUAGUUUAGGAAAAGAUAGAAACAACGUAAAAGGAACAGAGAUGUGACAUGUAAGAAACUAUGGAAUAAUAGUUAGCUGGAUGGAUGAUUAUUGUCUAUUAAGAUCAGAUUUAUAUUUAUAUAUCCAAAGUGAUUCAGCAAUUCUCAACUCAGAUAAUGUCCUGGC